AUGCGGUUGCGGCUUUCCAGCCUGCCUAACAUCAUGCACAGUGCCUGGGCGCGACUUUGUCUUUCUCUCUCUCUCUCUCUACGCCACACAGAGCGGACCCUGGGCGACAGCAUUGCGCACAAUGGUCUGUCGACGUAUGAGCUAUCUGGCAUGCACUUCACCAGUGAUCACGUCGUCUCUCUGUUGCUGUUCCGCGUAGCUUACCUGCAGUUCGUGCCGCAGCCCGUCGCGGGCGAGGACGCGACCGUGCCUGGGUCAGACUUCGGGUUCGCAACCGUCUACGCGAUGCUGCAGCACUACACUACCUUCUUCCUGGAGGAUUGCCGAUCGCCGGUGCGCCUCUCGGCGGCGUUGUGCGCUCUACCGUCUUUCGAGUCCGACAGCAGCGCGCGCCGUGUGCCACGCAGCCGCCCGCUCUUCUUCGGGGAGCCGCGACCGCUACGCAACAGACUUGUUAGCGGUGUUGCUGCUCAACAACGCCACUCCUGA